GACGCGCGCAGAGCAUUUCGGGAAGGCGGCUUGCUUAUUUGUACGAAGGCGAAGAGAAGUUGCAGUCGUGUCUAUUAUCGGUCGCGCCGAGUUUGUUUGACAGUUUGAUCGGCUGGUAACCGCAUGUAGUCGCCGCACAUCUUGUUUGGCAUCAUGGCAAGUGUGCACGACAGUUUGUACUUCAAUCCAAUGAUGACUAACGGCGUUGUGCAUGCCAAUGUGUUCGGCAUCAAGGACUGGGUGACGCCGUAUAAGAUCGCCGUGUUGGUGCUCCUUGAUGAGAUGACGGUGUCCAAGUGCAUAUCGCUCCUGGAGAAAAGGCGUCUCAACAAGCUCAUCUUGCCCUUGCUGCAGGGUCCGGAUAUGACACUCGUUCAGCUGCUGAAAACGGUCGAAGACUGCUGUCCUCAGCUGGCGUACGCCGUCCAUCUCCGACUGCACCUCAUGGCCGAUGGAGAGCUGAAGGACAUGGAGUCAUUUUUUGAUGUUUUGCCCAGUCCGUUUAAUGAGACAGAGUCUGAAGCGCACAAGUCUAGCGUAGUAGGCUUGUUCAUGAGGCACAUGGUGCUGGCCUACAAUAAGCUGUCCUUCAGUCAAGUCUACAAGUUAUACAAAGCACUCCAGCAGUACUACAAGAGUUACGAAAGGAAAGCCCCUCUUGUUAGCGAUGCCACGACUGAUGCAGACAUGGAGCAGCUCGCCCCAGAUGGUCUCGGAAGGAAGGUAGAAAAGCAAGAUUUGGACCUGCCGCCCAGUGAAGACGACGUCGCCAGUACUGAGCCGCUGUCCCAGAAGCAGGCCGAGUAUUUUCUGGCCCAGCAGGCUUAUUUUUUGAAAAAUGAUGAAAACAAAGCUCUGAAACCUGCAGGUCUACAGAAGGAGCUGAACAACAUGCUGAAGUUCAAUCCGGACUUUGCAGAAGCGCAUUACUUGAGCUACCUGAACAGCAUGAGAGUCCAAGAUGUCUUUGUGUCGACCCACAGCCUCCUGCACUAUUUCGACCGGCUGAUUUUGAGUGGCAGUGAUAGCAAAAGCAAUGGAGACGAGGGUUAUGGCCGGAGCUUGAGAUACGCUGCUCUGAACCUUGCUGCGCUGCAUUGCCGGUUUGGACACUACCAACAGGCGGAGCUGGCGCUGCAGGAAGCAAUCCGCAUUGCUCAGGAGUCGAGCGAUCACGUCUGCUUACAGCACUGCCUGAGUUGGCUUUACUUGUUGCAACAGAUGAAAGGCUCCGACAGCACCGUCCUUACAGAGCACUCAGUUAAAAUGGCUGUUCACUUUUCCUUACCGUAUUUAGCAUCACUUGGAAUACAAUCGCUGGUUCAACAAAGUGCUAUAAGAGGAAAAAAUGCAAAAAAGUUAAUUAACGCAUUGAAGGACACUGAUAUACUACACUGGAAACACAGCAUGUCGGAGCUUAUUGAUAUCAGCAUUGCCCAGAAGACCGCGAUCUGGAGAAUGUACGGCAAAAGCACAAUGGCUUUGCAGCAAGCCCAAAUGCUCAUGAACAUGAACAGCCUGGAAUCUGUGAACCUGGGCGUGCAGCAGAACAACACUGAGGCCUUCACUGUUACCCUGUGCCACCUGGCAGAGCUCCACGCCGAGCAGGGACAGUUUCAAGCUGCUUCUGAAAUAUUAAAACAUUUAAAAGAGAGAUUUCCUUCUAAUUCUCAGAAUGCAAAGUUAUGGAUGAUUUGUGAACAGAAGAUCCAGUUUGACAGAGCUUUAAACGAUGGGAAGUACCAUAUGGCAGAAUCACUGGUGUCCGUGAUAUCGGCCCUCUGCAAGACUGAAGGCUUAUACAGAAAAGCACUGGUAUUAAAAGCCCAAAAUCAAACCUCUGAAGCUUAUCGGGUUCUGCAGGGACUACUGAUCUAUUGUGAAAAGACAAAGUGUACAGAAAUGACAAUUCGAGUAAUGCUGGCCAUUGCAGAGCUCUACUGGCGUUCAUCUUCUCAUGGGAUUGUCCUGCCGCUGUUACUGCAGACGUUAGCUUUGUCUCGAGAGCACCAUCUUCAGAAACUUGCAUCAGAGACGGUUUUGCACUUGGCUUUUUCACAGCUGAUGCUCGGUAUUCCUGAACAAGCGCUAAACAUUCUGCACAUGGCAAUCGAACCCAUCUUGGCACAUGGUGCUGUCAUGGAUAAAGGCCGUGCCCUGCUGCUGGUGGCCAAGUGUCAAGUUGUUACUUCAGCUUCAGUACCUGCAGACCAGAGACAUCAGGCACUUGUGGUGGCAAUUCAAAACCUGGAAGAAGCCAGGAGUUACUUUGAUAAAGUUGACUGCCGAGAUCGAGUCCGAGACAUAUUUUAUCUGCAGGCCCGCUUGUAUCAUUCCCUGGGAAAAACUUUGGAGAGAAACAAGUGUGCCAUGUUGUUCCGCCAGCUGAAUGAAGAGCUGCCAUCACACGGAGUGCCUCUCCUCACACGCCUAUGAGAAGUUGUGUGUGUUCUAUCAACCCUGUUCUGGACUCAUUGCUGCAGGGUCAGACAGUGGCUUGUGCAAAAUAAAACAUUUUGAUACUUGAGAACAGAAUAAACAUUUAUAUUGCACAAAGCUAUUUAAAAUACUUGUCUAUCUUGGUAACUGAACAAAAAAAUUCACUUCUAAAGAAUGGACUUUACAGCAAUUAUGACGUGGUUGCCACUAGGUGGUGCCAUGUUCAAGUGUUAAUGCUACAAUUGCUGGUUUCUCCGAUUUUGGCUUAAUGCCCUUGUGAUAAGUAGGAAGGACAGAUCCGUGAUUACCAUUUUAAACCUGGAGGGUCUUGAGAGUUUGUUUCUCCAGAGGUGGAUAGUCUCAGUCCUGAAGCCAUUUUUGCUCCGUUUUUGAAAGAAUAUUAACUUUGGUUGGUUUUUCAUCCUCCAAAUUGAUUACCACAGAUUUGUACUGUGAGCAGAUGGCGAUGUGAACAAUGGGUACUAAUAACUGGUCACUCGUUACUAGCCAUGUCCUUCAGAUAUGACAAGUCAGUGAGAUCUCAUGUUAUUUUCUCCACUAGCAAGCAGGCACUAAGCCUUUGUUUCUACUAUAGUUUUGCCAAAGGAUCAGAUGUUGAGCUUGAUAGGUGAAGGUCAUCGUUGGGCCUGCACUCUCGAUCUUGAUGUCUUUGUGUGCUCUUUUCAAAUGCUCUAAACAUUAGGUUUGUUCUUUGUGAUACCCGAAAAACAAGUAACUGCUGUAUGGGAGCCCAGAUGCAGUGCAAGUCUAUAUUGACCGUGUUUAAUGCAACUUGAACUUGUGGAUGAUAAUGGGAGACUGCUUCAAGCAAGAGCACAGACGAGCACCACUGCAUUCUCUUCUUCCUAUUCAUUUGGUGGGUAAGUUCUGCAAAUGUCACCAUUGUUUAGUUUUUAAAGGGGGGGGGGGUGAACAGCUUAUUUUGUGUCCUGGGGCUUGUGGGAAAGACCACACGAGUGAAGUUUGAGGAAAUCCUUUGUCCAUUACACAGCCUUGUACACCAGGAGACUGUCCAAGGACUCUCCCAGCAGAAAUUGCGCAGCUGGACACCCCAAGUAUGCAGCCAGCCUGUCUAUGUAAAAUGGUGGGAGGAGUGGACUCUGAGCAACUUGUGACCAGGGACACAAACAUGAGAGGAAAUCUGUGCUUGUAAGAAAAUUAAACAGUUGGCCAAGAAA